AUGCGUACUACUGUUAUCUCUCUCUCAUUGGUCGCAGUCGCCGCUGCAUCUCCUUACCAACUGCAAACUUUUGCUCCUACCUGGGAAUCCGCUGGAAAACAAGGAUGUAUAUCCGCGUCUUCCAACACCGCCGGGGCUCCCGUCGUGAUUCACGAUUGCAACACUGAAGAUGUUGCUAACCAUUCCUGGGAUCUAUCUCUCUUCACCAGGCAAGAUGCAGGACCCCAACAGGUCAAGGUUUUCGGUAACAAGUGCUUGGACGUCGUGAACGGCGUCAACGCGGACGGAGCCAAAGUUCAAAUCUGGGAUUGCAUCGACGGAAACACCAACCAGCUGUGGACUGAUACCACAGCCAGCCAGCUUCAAUGGUCCGGCACCAACAAAUGUGUUGACCUCCCAAGUGGCUCUGUCACCGACGGAACCCAACUCCAGAUCUGGACGUGUGCCAGUGGGAACACGAACCAAGGGUGGGGCGGAUUUGAUGUUCCCAACAAGGAAUUUGUUCGGGAAAGAGUCGUUGGUGGGAAUCCAGCUCCUAAUGCUCCCCUGAUGUGCAUGGUCGCCGAAUCCAACACAGACGGCGCAUCCGUCUCUCUCGCCCUUUGCGACCACGUCACUGACACAUUCCCAGCCGGUAACCAAACCUGGACUUUCCCCGUCAGCCCCUUGACGGGUCCUAUCAGAACUUACGGAGGAUCUAAAUGCCUUGAUGUUCGUGGUGGCAGCGAUGCCAACGGAACGCCCCUUCAGAUCUGGUCUUGUGUGGAUGGAAGUACGAACCAGCAAUGGGCUCGUCCGGCUUCUUCGCUUCAGCUUUCUUGGGUUGGGAAGAAUAAGUGUGUUGAUAUCACGAAUGGCAAUUUCACUGCUGGGAAUCAUCUCCAAAUCUGGGACUGCGACUCUAACAACACUAACCAGUGGUGGAGCUAA